AUGGCAGCCACGGGUUCCACUUCUUCUGAUCAUUUGGUCCUGACCAUAGAGGAGGAGCUCGCCAAAGAUCCCAAGAUCAAACUCGUCCCAGAACGCUAUGUCCGGGUUGAUCAGGACCCUCCAGUUGUUGGAACCCUCUUCCCUGCAAUCCCAACCGUUGACAUGAAAAAACUGGCGUCUGUGGAAACCAAAGACUUUGAAGUUGAGAAGUUGCAGACAAUUUGCAUGGAAUGGGGGCUCUUUCAGUUGGUGAACCAUGGAGUCAGCUCUUCACUGUUGGAGAAGCUGAAUCAUGAGAUUGAGGAAUUCUUCAAGCUUCCAUUGGAAGAAAAGAUGAAGUUCAAGGUAAGACCAGGAGAUGUUGAAGGCUAUGGAACCAUCGUCCGAUCUGAUGAUCAAAGACUUGAUUGGGGUGAUAGAGUGUAUAUGAUAAUAAAUCCUAUUCAUAGAAGAAAGCCAUAUCUCUUCCCAGAGCUCCCUUCAUCUUUCAGAGAAACGAUGGAGUCUUACUUAAAGGAGUUGCAAAAGCUUGCAAUGACACUACUGGAGCAUCUGGGAAAAGCCCUAAUGAUAGAAAUGAAAGAGAUGAAGGAGUUGUUUGAAGAUGGAAUGCAAUCAACAAGGAUUACAUAUUAUCCUCCAUGCCCACAACCAGAGCAAGUUAUUGGUAUCACGCCUCACUCCGACGCCACCGGCAUCACCAUCCUCCACCAAGUUAAUGGAGUCGAAGGUCUUCAAAUAAAGAAAGAUGGCGUCUGGAUUCCCGUCAACUUCCUCCCGGAUGCCUUUGUUGUCAACGCCGGAGACGUUCUCGAGAUUCUGAGCAAUGGGCUCUAUAACAGCGUUGAGCACAGGGUAACUGUAAACACGAAGAAAGAGAGGAUCUCUGUUGCUUUGUUCUUCAACCCAAAAUUUGAGGCAGAGGUUGGGCCAGCAACUUCUUUGUUAAACCCAAACAACCCUCCAUUAUUUAGAAGGGUUGGAAUGGAGAAGUAUGUAAAGGAUUUCUUCUCCAGGAGGCUCAAUGGAAAGACAUAUUUAGAGCAUUUGAGGAUCAAAGCUGAAGGCAACAGUGCUUAG